AUGUCAAUUGAAGACGGAAAAUACAUCCAACAAAAUGCUCCCCAACCACCAAAAAUUGCAAACCCUGGCCCUCUUGGUCUCAGUGGUUUCGCUUUAACCACAUUCGUUCUUUCAAUCCAUAACGCAGGCUCUACCACUGUCCCGUCCCCAAGUAUCACUCUUGGUUUGGCCUUGUUCUAUGGAGGUCUCGUACAACUUUUGGCUGGUAUGUGGGAAUUCAAGACAGGUAAUACCUUUGGUGCUACUGCCUUCUCUUCAUAUGGUGGCUUCUGGAUGUCGUUCGCUGUUAUCAUAUUCCCAGGUUUAAACGUUACUGCCGCCCCAAAUUUCGAACAAGCUCUCGGCAUCUACCUUCUUGGUUGGACAAUCUUUACUUUCUUGUUAUUCUUGGCCACUUUCCGUUCAACUGGUGGAAUAAUGGCUCUCUUCUUCUUCUUGACUCUCACUUUCUUGCUACUUACUAUUGGCUGCUUUACCUCAGCAACCGCCACUAAAAUCGGUGGUGUUCUCGGAAUUAUCACUGCGUUUAUUGCUUGGUAUAAUGCCCUCGCAGGUCUCAUAACAUAUUUCACUCUUCCAACUUUCGACUUGUCUG